AUGGGAACGAAGACAGGUGAUGAAAAGUUUGGACACGCAUUGCAUGAUGACCUCACUCUGUCUGCGAUCUGUAAGAAAAUAAAACAGAAAGAGAGCGAGGGAAGCCGAAGAGUUCGUUUAAGCCGGCGCAAGUGGAAGUAUCGAAUUGAUGAUGAUGAGAGUGAAAAAGAAACUUACAUGCAACGCUGUGCAUAUGUUAGUCGUCGAACGCAGUUAGCAUGUAAAAAUUAUCGCCGAUCUUCAGAGUUAACACUGGAAGGUUUCUGCGAAGUGCAUACUCAUUUCUUCCAACAACUGGAACAACACGCUAUGGCGGAACAACAUCGUAUUGAAAAAACUCUACUCAAUAAACCGAAAGACAUAUCUAUGAUCACUGAUGAUGAAACACUGAUAACGGUGGAAGAUUGGCCAUAUGCAGAACAAAAUUUAUAUAAUGAUGUUCUUUUGGAUGACGAUGACGAAGAUCCUUUGAAGAAUGCCGAAGUUUGGACUGAUGAAGAAGUAGUUCGCUGUCAAUUAACAGCUCUUGAACGAAAAUUGUCUGUCACUCGUGAUUUGCGAAAAUUAAUAGCCGAAAAAGUACGUCGGAUUACUGUUUCGUACGCCAAAGCCAUGGAAGAAGACCAGAAGAAAGGGAAAACAAAAAUUGAAGAUAGUCGCUUACGGGAGAUCCAGCUUGCUAACAGGAAAUAUCACUCAUAUCAUUCAGCAAAGAAUCAAUACAUGUUAAGAAGGCUGAAAGCAAGACUUGAAUGGGAUGGUUCUGAGGAACACAAAUUAGAUUAUCUUAAAACAGAUGACAUAAAGAGUGCGCAGUGUGUUUUCAUUCCUAAAAACAGCGUUCUGUCAAAUGACAAGUGUUGCAAAGCAGUUACUGCACCAAUUUCUGAAGUAAGCAAGGAGUCAGAUGAAAUGAUUGUGGAGCAUGAUUCUCACAUUAUUGAAAGACUAUUAAACAAAUUAUGUAAACGAAUUGAGCAAGCUUUGGAUUCUGGAAAAGAUCCCAUGCAUGUUUAUUUGGAGAAUGAAAAUGAAGGGACGGAGAAAGAACAUCGCUGUUCGAAUUGGACACUUCCAAAAUUGAAUCACUGUGCUGCACACAUUUAUGAUGAUCGUCGACAACAUCUUUUUGCACCUUGCACAGAAUGCGGCGCAUUGGGUUUGGAUUUUGGUGAUGGAUUGAACUUCUGUUUCAAACAUAUUGCUAGAAGGAAUUCAGUCAAUACUAUUGAACACUGGAAAACAAUUACCGUGCAGAAAGGAGUAGUUCCAUUGAAUAACACAUCAGGUGUCCGCCCUGUUAGUCAGAUACAAAAUGAUGUAAGAUCUGAUUUGAAGUCGUUGGCAGAUCCUUCUGCUGCUACUGUUAAUGUUGGAGGAAACGUCGAUGAAGGAAAUAAGAACUUGCCAGUAAAAUUUGUUGUCAUUGAUGAAAGAAAAGAUGAGAAAAAUGGAACUGAUGUAAAAAUAAAUACGCCAGUUAAGGGAACCGUAAAGAACUCUGGAGAUAUAUUGCUGCAGCAUGGUGUAUCAAUACACAGGUCAUGGCAAGAUGAAGAUCUUCAUUCUUGUGCUCGAACUAGACCGUUUACAACUGAGAAUUUUUCCAAAACUAAAAUAAGACGAACUGCUGGAACUCGAUAUUCGCUAUCAGACGUAAGGGAUUACUUAGGCGGUAAUAUGUUAAGCCCCUCCAUAUAUCGCUCACAAGAACAGCUAUCAAAAUCAAUGGUGCAAGAUCUUUUGAGUGGUGGACCAACCAGAGCAGCAGCGUCAGCAUCACAGUUUUCUAGAAGAAUUGCAACUCCCACUACGACUUUUACCCCUAAGAUGGGAUUCAGAAGAACUGUUUAUAAUACGGCAGUCAAUAGGUCGGCAAUUGAAGCUCCUGAAAUGAUAUCACUGGGAUCAACAAGUAGUGCACCUGUUGCACCAGUAUCAAUGAAUUCAACAUCUGCGUCUUCUAGAUCCGUCAUGCAAAGACCAAUCGUAUUGCGAACUCGCACAGACACAUCGUCUGCUGCACCCGGCCAUCCGGUACGCUUACCUUCACGCUACAUUGCUACUGUGGGAGCUUCUCGCCCAUUACCGAACUGGCGUAACCGUAGUACCAUUUCAUUGGACAGUAGAAUAAGGCGAGCACCAGCAAAUGUCGUUUUACCUAUGGAUUACUCUAACCGACCGACAAAUGCAGCAGCAUCCAGAAUUAGUCCUUAUUUCCGGCGACGUGAUGAACGACAAUUUAUUAGUGGAAAUGCACGGUCGCGGCUUGUUGCUAUUGAUUCAUUGUCUUAUACUGCUCCGCGAGUUCAAUCGCAUUCUUCUUAUCCACUUACGACAUUUCGACAGGAGAUUCCGAGGCCGGUAGUUUGCCGACCCCGUAUAACACCUGAACCAAGGGCGCUAUCAACAGCCGAGACUCUGGAAACAGCAGCAGCAGUGGCUAGUAUAGCUGCUGACUUAGAAGCAUCUGAGGAUAAGGAGGAUGAAGCUGAUGAAAUAAUUGGAAGGCUCGAGACAUCUGUUUGGCAAACUGUUGAAGAACCAGCAAUGGGUCAGAAAUUGGCCUCUGAACGACGUGCAGCAACGGGAUCUGUUGAUAAAAAUAAAAAAAGAAAUAUAUGUUGCAGUGAAGCUAUACUAAGUGCAGCGGGGAACAAUAAUAAGCCCUCAGUUGGCUUACUUUCGAGGCAGUCAAGUGGUGAAAGUACGGAAGAUGGAUUAGCGGUGCUUGCGAUGGCUGCUGCUUCACGAGCUUUUGAUUCCCAUCAAUCAUCACCGCCCUCCAAAAAAUCCAAGUAUGGCCAGUUAGGCUUGGAAGAAGAAGAUGAUGAGUAA